UAUCAUCCAUUCCAGCUCUGUUAUUCAGUUAGUGAGAGUGGAGGCAGAAAAUCAAACUAUUGAGAGCGGUCGAGAGGUGUGUUCGAACUUAUAUUCCAAAAGUAAAAAAAAAGGAGAAUGAGUUGGUUGGGAUUCGAAAUGCCUCUAAUUACUACUUCAAGCUUUCUGUGUCUGUUCCUAGUAAUUCUUUUAGCUCUCAUAAAAAACUUUCAGAAACAAUGGUGGACUCCAAACCGCAUACAGAAUCGGAUGGCUGCCCAGGGAGUCCAUGGCCCUUCUUACCAAUUUAUCCAUGGAAACACCAAAGAAAUAUUGAGCAUGAAAAGGGAAACAAUGAGCAAGCCUAGAAGUUUAACCCAUGACGUAUUCUCUGCAGUACAACCUCAUAUUCAUGCAUGGAGCAAGAUCUUCGGGAAGAAUUUUCUUCAGUGGUAUGGUGUUCAACCACAGAUGAUCAUCGCGGAACCCGAGUUGUGCAAAGAGGUACUAAACAACAAAGAUAGAAACUAUCGGAAACAAAGGUCCCAAGGCUAUGUCAAGAAGCUAUUAGGAGACAGUAUUUCGAUGGCAGAAGGUGAAAAGUGGGUGAAACUAAGAAAGUUGGCGCAUCUUGCCUUCCAUGGAGAGAGCUUAAAAGUACUUAACUUCUUGCAAUGGAUACUAUAGUAGUGUUUGUUUCAAUUGUUUAUAAGAAAAUC